AUGGAGAGAUAUGACCGUGCCAUUACCAUCUUCUCACCUGAUGGACAUCUUUUCCAAGUAGAAUAUGCGCAGGAGGCUGUCAAGAAGGGUUCUACCGCUGUAAAUAAAUAUUUUUAGUCUGUUUUUAUAUUUAUUUGUCCCACAUUAUUUGUUGGUAUUUAGAUUGGUGUCAGAGGAAAGGAUUGUGUUGUGAUUGGAGUAGAGAAGAAGUCGAUUCCGACUCUUCAGGAUGAUCGUACCAUCAGGAAGAUCCACAGCAUCGAUGAACAUGUUAUGCUUGCAUUUGCGGGAUUAAGUGCAGAUGCUCGUGUCUUGGUGGACUAUGCUCGGAUUGAAUGUCAAUCGUAUAAAUUGACCUUGGAAGAUCCAGUAACCGUCGGAACAAUUGCUCGUUACGUUGCCAAUAUGAAACAGGUAAUAACCAAAAUGUUGAGUAAGAAGUUGAGUGUUUAGAGAUUCACACAGAGUCCAGGUCGUCGACCGUUUGGAAUCUCGAUGUUGAUUGGUGGCUUCGAUUACGAUGGAACUCCUAGAUUGUUUAAGACUGAGCCGUCUGGCACAUACUACGAAUAUUUUGCCAAUUCGACCGGUCGCGGUGAGAAGCCAGUCAGAGAGUAUUUGGAAGAGCAUUACAGUGACGAGACAACCAAAGAUGAGGCCGCUGUUCUGAAGCUAGUAAUCAAGGCUCUCUCUCAAGUUGUACAAAGUGGGGCUCAGAACAUCGAGAUCGCUGUUAUGACCGCCAACAACGAACGGGUAAGGAAAUUAAAAAAUAAAUUUUAGGUGUGUAUUUUGAGGUAGCUAAAAAACUAGCAUCGGCUCAAAUUUUUGGGGGAAAGGGGUGUAAUGAGUUGAAUUAUGAUUCGAUCUUUCGGUUGAUGCCAACGAGGGAAACGGACAAGCUAACCAUGACCGAAUGGCAUGUUCUAUAUACCAUUCGAAAGCCCAUGAAGACUUGUUAUAGGAACCGGUUUCAAAAAUUGUCAACGGAGUUUGGCCACGAAGAUCUACGACUUCAAAUAAUUUUAGGCUUAUUCCUCUGAUUUGUUUCCGUCUCAGUCCUGGGGAACUCUCGCACACAUUGUUUUUGAAGCCGGCUCUUUGAAUAACUUUCCAAGGAGUUUCGAAUGGUAUAGAGGACGCGUCAUUUGGCCGUGCAUAUUUUGUGUGUCUUUGCUAUUACAGAGCCCGCAUGUAAAAUUUUUAGAAUACAUAUCUGAGCGCCCCAUAUGAAAGACCUUGUAAAGUUCUUUCUGUCAGUUACGUUCCUAUUGAAUAUUCUGAUUUUCAAAUACAGGGUGCGGCAAGUUUUUUUGUUGGAUUUGAAUUGGCAAUAACUCUUUUAGUUUUUGGCCAAACGUUAAAACAAAACAUUUCUCUGAAUCCACAGAACCCCUUUUUUGUUUAAUACCAUAUAUGUUAUAUCCACUUAUUAGACUACAUUAAAAAUUAACAAAAAACUCUAAUUUCCAUAGUUGACAAGCGAAGUACUCCAAGUGCGACACUCAGAUUUUCUUCAAAUUUUGCACACGGGACAGACAGGCUAUAUAUCAAUUUCUGAAAGUUUUAGCUCGCGCCUUUCAGAGGCGGCCAAGAUAUUCAACGAUCUUUGUGGCCAGGAGGGUACGAGAGUGGUCACACAGAAAAACUGGCUAUAUCCUUGCCAGUUUUGUGAGGAAACAGUUGAUAUUUUGUGGAAACGGUACCCUCUACGGCAGAAAGUUAUGAGCUAAGCCUAUGUAUAUGUAAUAUAUUUGGCGUUAAACAAAAUGGGGAUUCUGAGGAUUCAGGGGAAAAAGAAUCUUGCCAUUUGGCCAAAACUAACGAGGGAAUGGUCUGAACUUCCCCCAGCGUUUCGAAAAAUGACUAGUACAGGUGGAUAGAGCAGGUCAACUUUGGUAAAAAGAGCCAUUUUCCAGCUGCGAAAUAAGCCUAGCCGACGAGAAAAAUCAACCGAAAGUUCCACAAAAAAUUCCUCUUUCUCUUCCCUCCGAAAAGAAGAGCGGUGUCCGGUGGUUCGGUUAGCCGAGUGGAUAAAGCAUCCGCUCGAUAUUCUUUUGGGGGUUGGUUCGAUUCCGGGGUCUCCCGGAAGGACCCGUGAUAAGGCUUUGAUGGGCAAGAUGAAACUCCAAAAAAAAUGUUUUGCCAUUUUUAUACGUCUUCAUAACAAAACAAUAAUCGUCAAAAAAUGCAUUUUUGGGUGCUUCCGAACCUUCAAAGCGAUAAAACGUCGAAGUUAUACUCGUUUGGUGAGAGAAAAGGUUAUCAAAAAAUACUAUCUUUUUGACACGGUCUGUACCCCACUUUGUUAUUGUUUAAAAAUUUUUAUAUAUCAGCCUGUCGGGAAAAUAACGGCGGAUCGUCGCGCCUCCGAUUCGCCCAUCAUCGCAUUGCGACGGCGGCCAGCUGGAGAUUUGGUGCGCGAGAGCGGUGAGGCGAGACACUUUGAUGCGACGAUCCACCGUUAUUUUCCCGACAGGCUGAUACCUAUAAAACGUAUAAAAAUGGCAAAAUAUUUUUUGGAGUUUCAUCUUGCCCAUCAAAGCCUUAUCACGGAUCCUUCGGGAGACCCCGGAAUCGAACCAACCCCCAAAAGAAUAUCGAGCGGAUGCUUUAUCCAUUCAGCUAACCGAACCACUGGACACCGCUCUUCUUUUCCGAGGGAAGAGAAAGAAGAAUUUUUGUGGAACUUUCGGUCGAUUUUUCUCGUCGGCUAGGCUUAUUUCGCAGCUGGAAAAUGGCUCUUUUUACCAAAGUUGACCUGCUCUAUCCACCUGUACUAGUCAUUUUCCCAAACGCUGGGGGAAUUUCAGACCACUCCCUCGUAAGAAAGUUAUAGCCAAUUCAAAUCCGGCCAAAAAAUCGCCGCACCUUGUACAUAUGCCCAACCAAAUUGUAUUAUUUAAAAUAUAUAUAACCGAGCGUGUUAAAGUUUAAUCCCACGUUUGACGAAUUUCUCAUUACGAACUUUCAGGAAUCGCAUUGUUCACACCGAGUUCUAAGCGUCGAGGAAGUCGAGAAUCUUCUGAAAGAGGUUGACGAUGAACGGGUGGCUGCCGAAUCAGAGGAAGGAAAAAAGAAGUAA